UAUAUCUCCCUCUCUUUCUCUUUCUUUUUCUCUUUCUUUCUCUCUCUCUCUCGCUCUUUCUUUCUCUUCCUAUCUUUCCUUUUCUAUCUCUCGUUUUCACUCUCCCUCUCUUUCGCUUCGGUAUUCUCAGAAUUUUUCUGCAGUUUAACCAAGCCCGCCAAUUAUCGAACGUCCACGUGUCUCUUCCCCUUAUCCUUAAUUCCAUUCUAUUUCCUUCUACUAGUUAAAGUCAUCCACCCGUUCGAUUCAACCCACCCCCCAUAUUCCAUCCCAUUCUAUCCCUACACGUUCUAUCCCGCCAUCCCUCGAUCCUUCCCUUUUAAUCUCCGUCAACGUCGGGGGGAGGAAAAAGAAAAAAGAGAAAACAGAUAAAAAAGAAAAAAGAAAAAAGGAGUGAAAAAAAGGAAGAAAAUAAAGAGAAAAAAAAAGGAAACGAAGAGGAAAGCAACGAGAGAAAAAGCGAUUGUUCCCUGAUCGGUGUUUACACCAGCGAAAAAAUAGACGAAAUUCAAGCGGCAAGAUCGUCGACCCCUUUCGGCCACCCCCUUCCCCCCCGCCCACCGAUUUCCCGUUCUCUCCACCCUUGUCGUUCCGAUCCUAACGUUCAUCCACCACCCAUCGCCGGCCCCCUCCCGCUCCCCCAUCUCACGUUCUUCGUGUUUGUGUGAGAGUUUCAAAACGAGAGAAGACCGUGAAAACGUGCCGUUAAAGUAAUUAAAUUCGACUGACUCGAUUAGCGUGAGAACUUUCCUCGAAAGUUUUCGAGUUCGUUUCAGUCUUCCCUCUUUCUCACAGUAUAUUCUCUCUCUCUCUCUCUCUCUCUAUCUCUCUAUCUUCUUCUCUCGUUCUAUCUUUUUCUACGACUCACGAACGCGAGUGCAACGAGAGGAUUGUGUGUAAUGAUAGUCGAAGGUACUACGCGGAAGCGUUGAAAGAAAAGAGAGGAGGACUCUCCGGUCUGUUAAGUGAUUGCAAGGGAAUGUUACUGCUACAACCAACUUGAAAAGUUUUGGUAUACCACCGCAUUGCACGUUUGUUCAAUGUCCAUUAUGUCCCUUGGACUAAACUUUUACGGUACCAACGUACGAAGGGAGACAGCCGAGACACCGGAGACGUUUAUGAUGAGGAUAGUCUUCUUGACUUUAGGAUAUUUCCUUCUUCUUACACGGGAAGUUAAAGGAACAACCGAGGCAUGGCUUGAAAGUGAGAAAUAUGCGGAAGUUGGAACGGAAGUGCUACUGCCAUGCAUCCUAAAACCACCACAGUGCGGGGCACUUCAAAGCAUCGACUGGUAUCGCGCGGGUACGCGCAUUUUCGCUUUCAGCGAAGGCACGGGGUUAAUGCGGAGCAACGACGGCGUAGCCAGCAGUGACGACAGAUUGGACAUCGAAUAUAUGCUCAAUUCUACUACAGCUUAUCUGAAAAUGAUCGAUGUUAAACUUAAGGACGAAGGACUUUACAGAUGCGAAACUGUAUACUCAGCUGGAAAUUUGGAUUGCAAUAAUAUUCAACACGUAACACUUAACGUUACGAUAAAACCCGUUAACGUACAUGUCAUCGACGAGAACACAAAGAACAUUUUAAGUCCGGAUGCAACAUUUGGACCGAUAGACGAAGGUUCAACUAUUUCACUGACUUGCCAGAGUGGCGAGGGUAGACCGGUUCCCACGGUGCAGUGGUUUAAGGGUGAUCAACAGCUCGAAGCCGUAGCAUCAUCAACGAUUGACGCCAAUGGCAUAGGCACCGGUAGAAGCUCAUUGAAGAUGCAAGUGACUCGUGAGGAGCUCGGCGAUAUUUUCACGUGCAAGGUCAACAGCGUUGCUCUUCUAGAACCCAUCACUGACGACAUUAAACUCGACAUUCACGUGCGCCCAUUAAAAAUGGAUUUGAGCGGAGUGGUCGGUCACGCUGUGCAAGGAACAAAAAUAUUAUUACAAUGUACCGUAAGUUCAGCUAGACCAGCUGCCAAUGUGACUUGGUACAAUGGAUCGGAACCAUUGACUAUUAGUAACGAAAAAUACGAACUAUUUGAGACGAAAAUAUUUGAAAAUGGGAACGACAGUACGUCAAAAACUAUAAGCUAUCUUGCAUUUACCGCAUCGGCAUACGAAAAUGGGAAAACGUUUAGCUGUAUCGCUGAAAAUCCUGUUAUACGUACCAAACGUCUAAAACCAAUGAAGGAAGUAAUCACGAUCAAAGUAUUAUAUCCACCGAUAAUUAAUAUGAGACCGAUCAACAUAACCGUCAAUGAAACGGAUGAUUUUAUUAUUUAUUGCGAUUACGAGGCUAAUCCAAUCACAUUGACCAAAGUUACAUGGUUACAAGACGAUCUAGAGUUAACAUUGGACGAGGAACAUUACGAAGGUGGUAUCACGGUUAAUACGGCAUUAAUCGUAAAGAAUGCUACCGCUACCGAUAUGGGUUCCUAUAAAUGCAUUUUAGAGAAUAGCGUUGGCGCUACGAGCUCGAAGGAGAACGUAAAUGUGUCCGUUUUAUAUAAACCUGUGGUCGAAGUGAUAUCGGAUCCAGGGACCCCAGUGAACGAGGAAGAACGUUUGAACGUGUCGCUGAGUUGCACAGUACUAUCUGGAAAUCCAGAGAUCCUAACGGCUGUACGUUGGUACUUGGAUGGUGACCUUUUAAAAGAACUUCCAGAUUGUACGAUGAACUAUACGAUAACGUCAACGUUAACCGAAGAAUCCUCGAGUAUUUGCGACAUUGACCCUAGCAAACUGUUAUUGGAAGCUGUUGGACGUUCCUUUCAUGGGGAUUAUUCUUGCGAGGGUAGAAACGAAGCUGGCUGGGGUCCCAUGUCUCCGAGUACAUCGGUCACGAUUUAUUAUAAACCUGGUCCAGCUACAAUAUCUUACGAACCGAAAGAAGUUGUGAAAGGACAACGACUAACUAUUGCCUGUUCUGUCCUUGAUCCUGGACGACCAAUAAUAAAUAGUUUCAAAUGGUUUCGCGAUUUGUACAGGCUAACCGAUCAAACCAAUUCUUUACUCGAUAUCGAAUCGGCCGACGUUAAGGUUGCCGCUAAUUUUACGUGCAUGGCUUCCAACGAUGCCGGUGAUGGAUAUCCUGCUACGACGUCGAUUGAUGUGUCAGUGGCACCUACGUUCAUUCAAGCCCUAGAAAAUUAUCAAGGAUUCGUUUACAAUUCGAUAAACGUUAGCCUUGUUUGUUGGAUCGAGUGCGUUCCAGAUUGUAAUGUAUCUUGGUAUAGAAACGAUCAAUUGAUCGAUUUCGAUACGACCAAUCGUUAUUAUUUAACGAACAGUUAUAUGCCGUUGGAUUAUGAGAAGAAUUAUUUUGCAAGUAUACAAUCUAAUUUAACAUGGAACUUGACUGCAUUGGCAAAUGGCCGUCUCGAUCAUAUCGACGAUGACGCCAAAUUCACUUGUAAAAGCAGUGACAAUGGUAUUGGAAAACCCAUAGAAAGUACCACGCAAUUUCACGUAGAAUUCCCACCGGAGAACAUGACGAUCUCGAAGAAGAUAAUAAACGUGACGGUGGACACUAUACCGGAAACUGUCAGUUGCGACGCAAAGGCUUAUCCAAACGCGACCUUCAGAUGGUUCCGCGAGGGUUCGAACGAUACUAUAAUAAAAGGACAAAUACUCGAUUUAAAUACACCUAUACCAAGGCGUAGCAAUGGGACUUAUUAUUGCGAGGCAUCGAAUCAUCAUGGGAAACAAAAUAUUUCGCUUGUGGUGAACGUGCAAUUUAAGCCUGACUGUCACAUACAGCGGGAACGAUUGAAGGAUCAGGAUUACAUCAGCUGUUCGGCAAUUGGAAAUCCAGAAGAAAUCAAUUUUAUCUGGUCCGUAGAAAAUGACAACGAAACGAUAGAGCCAGAUUUCAAGAUAGAGGACGGGAUAAGCUAUGUACUUUUAGAUACUUCAAUCACGAAAUUUCGAACGUACGUGUGCAUUGCCAACAAUUCAAUCGGCCAAUCUACCGCAUGCGAGUUGGAUAUAACCGGAGAUGUACCCUGGUGGUAUCGUAUGGACGGUAACCUGUUACUGAUUGCAAUAAUCGUAUCGAUUAUUAUAAUACUUGCGAUAAUUAUCGUCUGUGUAGUUAUAUUAAUAAUUUGCAGACGUAAAAGGAAGCAAAUCAAAUACUCAAAUGAAAAUGGUAACAAUAAUCAGGCAAAUAAUAUGACGGAAACAAUGGCGGACGGUACAACAAAAACGUUUUACGAAAAUUUACCGUUUCAUGGUAUUCAAGCGCCGCCUAAUAAGGCGUUCAGUCCGGGAUUUUCUGAUUUGGAUUAUGCCGAUGUAGAUUAUCGUUCAUACGGGCCUAUCAAUUAUAAAGCUGCCAGUAUCGCGCUGUUUCAAAAGCAACAGGCUAUACAGAGACAACAACAACAAAAUCAACAAGAAGAAAGAAGACCACAAAUGUACGGUAUAUCGGAUGAUAACGAGGAACUACUUUAAUAAUCGUUUAUAUACAGCGAUCAUCGUUUAAUAACAAACAAACAAACAAACAAACAAACAAACAAGCGAACAAAAAAAAAAAAAAAAAAAUUACGCGAGACCAAAGUUAAUCCAAGACUUAUCAUUGAAUCUAAUUAACGAAGAUUAUAUAAGAACGUAUUUAUUUUUUUCUAUGCCCCCUAUGGAAACGAAGAAGUAGAAGAAGGAGAAAAAAAAAUGAAAAAAGAGAAAAGAAAAG